UGAUAUGAAUAAUUAGUAAAUUAAACUUGAAAUAAAUUACAGAAAUAUGUCGAAAAUGUUAACAGUCGCGGUCCAGUCGCCCGAGGGACAAAAACGAAUUCAGGUUUCAAGUUCUGGAAAAGCCGAGGAUUUAUAUAAAUCUGUGUUCUCUGCCUUCGACCUCGCCUCAAUGGAGUUUAUCCUCGCUAAAGAUCAGAAAAAGAAAACCCUGGUCGAUAAUUCAAGAAUUAAAUCUUUGACUAGUUUAGGAAUAAAACACGGAGAUAGGCUCUUCAUGUUUCCGAAAACUAAGACGGACGUGUUUAAGUCCCCUGAAGAAACCGGUUCUUCAAGUAAACAAACAGCUGUUGUUUAUGAAGAAGACGAGGUGGAUAAACUGCUGAGGAAACAGGAUGGGAGGAUAGAGAGAGGCCGUGAUAAUCUGCAUUGUCAACAUAACACCAACUCACAAUGUGUUCAUUGUAUCCCUCUCGAUCCAUUCGACGAGUCAUAUCUUAAGGAGAAGCAGAUCAAAUUCAUGUCGUUCCACAGCUAUCUACGCAAAAUAUCUGGCGGAGUUUCCAAGGGAAAAUUUGCUCCACUGAGGAAUUUAUCUUGUAAAGUUGAGCACACCAGUAGAUGUUCUCAUCAACCAUAUCCACAGGGAAUCUGUUCUAAAUGUCAACCCUCGGCAGUGACCUUAAACCGUCAGCCCUGGCGCCACGUGGACUCCAUCAUGUUUGAGAACCCGAAGAUAGUUGACCGAUUCCUUCAGUUCUGGAGGGAAAGUGGAGCACAGCGGGCCGGUUGGUUAUACGGCAGGUAUGAGGUGUAUCCCGAGGUUCCCCUAGGUAUCAAAGCAGUAGUCAGCGCUAUCUAUGAACCACCCCAGGAGUCAAGUAAAGAUCAUAUUCGUAUCCUCACUGAUCCAAGACAAGAGCUAGUUGAUGAACUAGCUAGGAACCUGGGUCUGGUUAAGGUUGGAUGGAUAUUUACUGAUCUUGUCCCGGGAGCGAACGGACAGGUGAGAAACUACAGAGGCGCGGAUUCACAUUUUCUCUCUGCACAAGAAAUUAUUUCAGCAGCAGUUCUUCAAAACUCUAAUCCAAACCCCUGCAGGGAGACCGAUGAUGGAGUGUUUGGUUCUAAAUUCGUCACAGUUUGUGUUACAGGGAAUAAGGACAAGGAGAUCCACAUGGAGGGAUACCAGGUAUCCAACCAAUGUAUGAGUCUGGUCAAAGAUAAGAUAUUAGUUCCUACAAAAGAUGCCCCCGAGCUUGCAUAUAUCAGAGAGUCAACUGAUGAGAAUUAUGUCCCGGAUGUUUUCUUCAUGGAGAAGGACAAAUACGGAAACGAAAUCAAAAAGUUGGGUCGACCUCUACCUGUUGAGUAUCUUCUGUUGGAUGUUCCUGUCUCCUCUCCCCUUGAACCUCAGUCAACCUUCACUAUACUUACAGACAGGAAUCCUUUCCCAGUGGAGAACAGACUUCUUGAUUCUAGUCUACAGGAUUUUAACAGUUUUGCGAAGUAUGUAAACCAGUUCAGAUCUGCUGAAUUCCUGGAGGCAGUUUCAGACUUACAUGUUCUCAUCUUCAUGGCUAACCUUGACAUUAUCCCGCUCAGGUUAGUUACUCAUGUUCUCAUCUUCAUGGCUAACCUUGACAUUAUCCCGCUCAGACCAUUGAUGGGACCUCUGCUUGAGGCUGUGAGGACCGGAGAUAGAGAGGCUGCGAGGGAAUGGAGCUACCUGGAUCCCUGGAGCAACCUCCAGGCUUUGAUUCAAGCUUCCACCAUGAACUAGUCUAACCUCUACCUAUUAAUCAUGGAGAUAUGAUUUAUCAACACAAUUUAAUUCGGUUAAAUGAUGUUAAUAAACAACUGUUCUUA